GGGAGAGGUCAACACAACUCUGUUGACUCCUGGCUGAACCUGCUGGAUUAUUCUGAACCAUCCUGGCUUCUAACUGGAAACUGCUAUCUGGGCUAACCCCUCGGUUUCUCUCCUUACUAGCUCUGUUUUUUCCUUCCCCUGGCUCAGCCCAGAUUUUGCCCACCUGCAUUCCACUUUGUUUCAGUUCCUUUCUUCUUUCCAUUCUAAUUUUCCCAAAACAAAUCUGGCUUUAGUCAUCUAUUUGCAGCUUCUAUUGAGUUUUUGUUUUCUUAAAUUUUACUUCAUCUGGUAAGUACACUUAAUACGAGAUCUACCCUCGAGGCACCUGGGUGGCUCAGUAGUUUAGAGUCUGCUUUUGACUCAGGGCGAGAUCUCGGGGUCCUGGGAUUAAGUCCCACGUUGGACUCUUAACAGGGAGCCUGCUUUUCCCUCUGCCUGUCUGCCUCUGUCUCUCAUGAAUAAAUACAUAAAACCUUUAAAAUAUAUAUAUGAGAUCUACCCUCUUAACAGAUUUUUAAGUGUACAGCACAAUAUUGUUAUCUACAGGAAUAAUAUUAUCCAAUAGAUCUCUAGACCUUAUUCAUCUUGCAUAACUGAAACUUUACAGCCACUGAUUACCAACUCCUAUCCCUUUCCCCCUGGCCCCUAGCAACUACCAUUAUAUUCUUUGUUUCUAGGAGUUUGACUAUUUUAGAUACCUUACAUCAGUAGAAUCAUGCAGUGUUUGGCCUUCCAUGACUGCCUUAUUUCACUUAGCAAAAUGUCCUCAAGGUUUGUCCGUUGUCACUUAUGACAGGAUUCCUUCCUUCUUAAGAUGAAUAAUACUCCAUUGUAUAUAAAACAUUUCUUUUAUCGAUUCAUCUGUCCAGUGGACAUUUGUUUCCACAUCUUGUGAAUAGUGUCACAAUGAAUACAAGAGUGCUACUACUCUCUCUUCAAGAAUUUGAUUUAAAUUCUUUUGGAUAAAUACCCAGAUAUGGGAUUGCUGGGUCAUAUGGUAGUUCUAUUUAAUUUUUUGAAGAAUCUCUGUAGAGGCUGCACCAUUUAAUAUACCCACCAAGAGUGUACAAGGGUUCCACUUUCUCCAUAUCCUUGCCAACACUUGUCUUUGUUUUUGCUCUUCUAUAAUAGCUAUCCUAACACGAGGUGAUAUUUUGUAGGGUUUUUUUAAAAGAUUUUAUUUAUUUAUUCGUGAAAGAGAGAGGCAGAGACACAGGCAGAGGGAGAAGCAGGCUCCAUGCAGGGAGCCCGACGUGGGACUUGAUCCCAGGUCUCCAGGAUCAUGCCCUGAGCCAAAGGCAGGCGCUAAACUACUGAGCCACCCAGGUUGCCUGCAUUUUGUAGUUUUGGUUGGCAUUUCCUUAAUGAUUCGUAACACGGAGCAUCUUUUUAUAUACCUGUUGGUCAUCUGACCUGUUGGAGAUAGGUCUUCUUAAAUCCUUUGCCCACUUUUCAGUUAUUAGUUCUCUUGCUAUUGAGUUAUAGGAGUUCCUUUAACACUUUAGAAAUUGAUUCAUUAUCAGAUCUAUAGUCUGCAAAUAUUUUCUCCCAUUUUGUAAGUUGCCUUUUCACUCCAUCAAUAGAUUUCAUUGCUAUGUGUAAGUAAGUUUCUUAGUUUGAUGUAGUCUCACUUGUCUAUUUCUGCUUCUGUUGUCUGUGCUUUUGGUGUCAUAUCCACGAAAUCAUUGCAAAGAUCAGGUUUCCUCUAUUUUUUUUUUCUAGCUAGCAUACAGUUUCAGGUCUUACAUUUAAGUUCUUAAUCCAUUUCGAGCUGAUGUUUGUGUAAGAUCACGAUCCACUUUUAUUAUUUUGCAUAUGAAUAUCCAAUUUUUCCUAGCACCAUUUAUUGAUACUGAGUUUUCUUUUUUAAAAAGAUUUUAUUUAUUUAUUUGAGAGACAAAGUGAGAGAGCAGGAACAGAGUGGGAGGGGCAGAGGAGAAGGGGAAGCGGACUGCCACCUGAUCAGGGAGCCAGACGGGAGGCUCCAUCCCAGGAUCCCAGGUUCAUGACCUGAGCCAAAGGCAGAGGCUAAACCCAUGAGCUACCCAGGGGCCAUGCAGUUUUCAUUCAACGAAUAUUUAUUUUAUUUUUUAAAUAUUUUAUUUAUUCAUGAGAGACAGAGAGAGAGAGAGAGAGAGAGAGAGAGAGGCAGAGACACAGGCAGAGGGAGAAGCAGGCUCCAUGCAGGGAGCCCAAUGUGGGACCCGAUCCCAGGUCUCCAGGAUCACGCCCUGGGCCCAAGGCGGGCACUAAACCGCUGACCCACCCAAGGAUUCCUCAACGAAUAUUUACCGAGCAUCUUUGGGCCAGGCAUUACUGUAGGUAUAAGAGAUAGAGGCUAAGAAUAACAUAAUGGUGAUAAGCACACCCACUGGGGCCAAACUGCCUGGGUUCAAAUCCUGGUACCAUCAUUUCUAACUGCUUGACCUUGAGCGGGUUACAAAUUCCUUACACCCCAACGUCCUCAUAUAUAAGAAAGGGAUAACUACAGUCUUUUCAUCACAGGACUGAUGUGAGGAUUGAAAGAAUGAAUAUGUGUAGAGGUCCUGGACAGGCAUCUGGCACCUGAUAAUCACUCCUAAGUGCUGGCUCUUAAGGCACGGUCCUUGCCUCUCAAGGAGCUCACAAAUUACAGCUGCCCCUAUCCACCUGACCCGCCUGGCCGUCAGGGCCAUCUUGGCCUUCCGACCCUUCAAGGGACCCCUAGCUCCUGGCUACCCUCCCUUUCCUGGAACCGUGGGAUGAAUCGGGUGCAAGUGCCUACACCACCGAUUCCUUGUGUGACUCUAGGUAAGUAGUUUCUCCCCUCUGGAUCUCACUUAAUGCACCUGUAAAGGAAGGAAACUGGCCCAAAAUGCAUUUCCAACAUCCCAACAACCUCCUUGUUCUGGGCAGCUCCAGUUGAAACUAUGUCAGCUUUGGGCAAGUCACUUCAGCUCUCGGCGUUGGUUUCCCCACCAUGUAAAACGGGAUAAUAUUACCAACCACGGGGCAGCCCGGGGGGCUCGGCGGUUUAGCGCCACCUUCAGCCCAGGGCGUGACCCUAGAGACCCCGGAUCGAGUCCGGCUCCCUGCGUGGAGCCUGCUUCUCCCUCUGCCUGUGUCUCUGCCUCUCUGUGUGUCUCUCAUGAAUGAAUAAAUAAAUAAAAAAAUCUUAAAAAUGUAUAUUACUAACCACCUCCGAGGUCGUAGUGCGGUUGUAGCGAGGCUGUCAGCGCUCUGCCGGGCACCUCAGCCUCCGGGCCCAUCCGCCUCCGCCACUCGACGCAUGCGCGCUGGCGCCCCGGCCGCGGGCGAGCCGGUUCCCGACUUCCGGUUCCGCCGGAACCCAGAGGCCCGACUCCCUAAUGGCGGCGUCGGGGAGACAGGCCGCCGGGGGCGUUGAGGAGGCCGCACAGGAACCGCGAAUUCUGGAACCGGGGGCAGCCCCAUUUGGAAAUUUCCCACAUUAUUCCCGCUUCCAUCCUCCAGAACAGCGGCUCCGCCUCCUGCCCCCGGAGCUGCUUCGCCGGCUCUUUCCUCCGAGUAGUUCCGAAUCGAGGCCGAUCCUGGGGCUCGACGUGGGGUGUAACUCUGGGGAUCUGAGUGUGGCUCUAUACAAACACUUCCUUUCCCUACGUGAUGGGGAGACCUGCUCAGAUGCCUCAAGAGAACUCCAUCUACUCUGCUGCGACAUAGAUCCAGUCCUGGUGGAGCGAGCUGAAAAAGAAUGCCCUUUUCCUGAUGCCCUGACCUUUAUCACCCUGGACUUUAUGAAUCAAAGGACCCGGGAAGUUCUCUUGAACUCUUUCCUAAGCCAGUUUGGACGUUCAGUUUUUGAUAUUGGCUUCUGUAUGUCAGUAACCAUGUGGAUUCAUCUGAACCAUGGGGACCAUGGCCUAUGGGAGUUCCUGGCCCACCUUUCCUCCCUUUGCCGCUACCUCCUUGUGGAGCCACAGCCCUGGAAGUGUUACCGGGCAGCUGCAAGGCGUCUCCGGAAGCUGGGUCUUCAUGAUUUUGACCACUUCCGUUCCCUUGCCAUCCGAGGUGAUAUGGCCAAUCAGAUUGUGCAGAUCUUGACCCAGGACCAUGGCAUGGAAUUAGUAUGCUGCUUUGGCAACACCAGCUGGGACCGAAGCCUUCUGCUCUUCAGGGCAAAACAAACUACAGAGACUCAUCCGAUUCCUGAAUUACUGACAGAGGAAGGGAAAGAAAGGAACAGAUUAAGAUUCUGGAGACAGUGAAAUGGGAGGAUGGGAAGACCAAGAAAGAGAUAUUGAAAGAGUGUUACACUAAGAAUUAAGUUCACUCUCUUUAAUUCAUGAUUAUAAGGCAGCCUCAAAACCUGGCAGAAACUUGGCAAAAUGUCCAAGACAUGCAGUUGAAAGAAUCAAUAUCAUCUAUACCCUACUGUUUGAGUUGAUCCUAGAAAAAUAUAUAUAUGGGCAGUGGGCUGGGCUAUCCAGAUUGAGAUAGCCUAGAGAAAGUGAUCCUGGUUCUAGGAUAUGGAAGGGGCUGCUUUUAGUGAUUAGACUCAGACCAGGCUAGCCUUAGAAUGUAUCAGUGACACGGGGAACCUGAAUCUAAUCUGGCUUCUUCAGGCUUUUUCUGGAUUUACUCAUCCUGCCUUCAGGCAAAACCUCAAAAUACAAUCUGGAAAGAAGAGUCAGUGGCCUGGCUAAAGGAGAAGGUUAGUAAGAAAAAUAUCUUAUCUUUCCAGAGCAGGUCAAGUCUCCAACAUGCCCAGGCUCAGCACAGCAGGUACUAGCCAAAUUGCACUGACUAGCAUUUAUAAAAUGUUUAAAGAUUUAACUUAUGAACCCAAUAUCCAAAUGGUACAAAUGAAAUAAAUGAAGUGGGAUUGUAUAAUUAUAUAUAAUAAAAGUGACUUGAGUAUGAUUGAGAAUGCUCUGCGAUUCUGGCAUAGGUAGGAAACUUCUGCUUUUAACCACUCUAUCCGAGGAGGUUUCAGCUCAAGAAAAAGAACCUCACCCAAGCUCAGAACAGAAAUCGUGUCAAAGAGUAAGUUAAUUCAGGACUUUUGUCCUCUGCCAAACCAUACCAGUAUGGGAGUGGGAAUAAUAUGCAGGGAAGCAGGCAUAAAAUGCAGUCUACAGUGAGGGCUAUAGCACAAAUGCUAUGGGAUAGGUGUCACUAAUGUCUGUCAGGUUUUGACACCUGUGAGUUGAGUCCAAGGGAGAUGGAGAAAGAUUCGUUUGGUGGAGAGAAGAUGAAAAAACAAAAUAUACCUAGCUAAGAGGGGAGACUGGAUUGAUGAGCUUCAAAAUCUUUAAGAACCUAUUUUUCUGAAGUUUUAGAAGGAAGAGUACGGAAUAAGAGAGUGAACCACCAAUUAGACAUUGGACCUCUUGAUGGAGAAGUUAGUAAAAGUUCCUGCUAGGGAAUUUGAACUUUAUGCUUGAGAGAGCAAAAACUAGUACAUAGUACAGUCUCUAAACGAUAGAAAAACAGAACCCAAACCUUCAUUUAGGAAAACCAAUUUUUCUAUUUUGUGCAGGAUAAUUAUGUGGUUGGUGACAUUUCCAAUCUCAGACUCCAGUACUACUUUUCAGUCUUUUUAUAUUCCUGCUCCUUAUCACUUUCAUCCUAGUGACUCUUCUAGACUUUUACCCUUUUGCAGGUUCUUGACUCUAUACCUCUACUCCAUUAAUCUAAGCAGAUGACCUAACCAGCACCAGCACCAUUCUUGUUUGCUGUGUCAGGAGGUGUUUUCUUGCCCUAACUCUUAGACUCCUUCAUUUUCCCUCCUUUUCACUUCUGAACUUACCCAGUGAGCUUUUACACAAAUAACUUCUGCCUGAAUUCCUGAUCCCAACCUCUACUACCUCUCCCAAAUUGCUUUAUUGAGUGUCUCCUUGGUGUCUCCUUGGCCUCGUUAACUUCUUCUUGUUCACCUUCCAACAUGCUCAAUUCUCUCUCGUCUUCCAAUUUUAGUAUAUGUGCUGCCGAAGCGAGCACUCUCUCUCGUCUUCCAAAACCUCCACAACUUUUCCUGUGUCCACUAGCCCUUCAAGUUUAUUUAAUCUCUCCCUCCAUCUCUUUACCACCAAACAUGAGCAAAGCCCUUGAAAAACUAGACCCCACAGCCUUUGCUUUCUCAUUUCCCAUUCAUCAGUGAUCCCCCAAAUGCCAAAUCCUGAGGCCUCUUGUUCAGUCUUCCUCCUAGGUCAUGGCCACUAUUCAGCACUAUUGACUCCUCCUUUAAACUACUCUCCCUAGGUUUCUUCACCAUACCCUUCUCCCUUUAUUCUCUUCCCAUCUCUUAGUUUUUCUCCAUUCUUGAAGCAGUUAGUUCAAAUUGUAAUUGAACUUAAGUUAACCUGGAGUCCUGGAUUCAUCUCCAGAAACAGUGAUUUGGGUUAGGAGUGGGGCCUGGGAAUCAGUUUAGUUUGGUUUAAUCAGAUUUGGGGUUUUUUUGCAAUUUUUUAUUGUGGUAAAAUGUAUAUAACAUAAAAUUUACCAUUUAAACUGUUUUUAAGUGUACAAUUCCAUGGCAUUGAAUACAUUGACAAUGAAGAAUAGUUUUUUGAUAAAAAACAAAAACAAAACAACAAAAAAAAAGCACAGGUAACUGAUGCAAACCAAAAUAGACCACACUUUGGAUUGCUUAGGAUUCCUUGGGGUCAUACAGUCCUCUUCUACCUAUUUCCCCUCGAGUGAGUUCCUCCACUCCCAUGCCUUUAACAACCACCUAUAUCCUAAUAACCCCCAAAUAUAUUGGUAGCCCCACCUCCACAGUCAUAGAUUAAUAUUGUUCCUCUUUUGUAGUCGUAUCAUCCAAAAGUUCUUAGUCACCUCAGAGUCAACAUAUCCCAAAAGCAAACUCAUUACACUCAAUUCACACCUAAUCCAAUAUGUUGUUGCCAUCCACCCAUUGCUCAAGCUACAAACUUCAGUUGAGUCUCCUCACUUAUAUUCACCACAUUGACAAAGUCCAGUAAAUUCUACAAAUAACAUGUAAGUCCCAUUUAUUCCAACCAUGUGGCUGGUGCCUACCAUGCAUUUCUCUGUUAAGUCAUCUACCCUCCAAUCCCUACUGCCACUGUUCCCUUCCUCAAAUAACUAGUUAUGCAAGUACUAUGCUUUAAAGCCUUCAGUGUAAAAAAUAAAUAAAUAAAUAAAGCCUUCAGUGGUU